GGGCUCUUAUCACUCCUCAAAGUAGCUGAUAAAGUUUUCCCCGCCGAUCAAGGUUCUGGUGCUCCAUUCAAACUGAUUUUAACUGGUGAUCGUGAACUUUACGUUGUUGGAAGUGUAUCUACAUGUGCAUUUUUUGUCCUUUAUUCAUGAGUCAUUUUAGAUAAAUUUAUUGGUGAACGGAUAGGAGCGAAUCACAAGCACUAGAAGGAUGGAAAUUGGACCGAAUAUAGCCGUUCCUCAACCAACUUUUUGCAGAGAUGCGCCGACAAGUUUGAAGGAUACCAGUAACAGUCAUAUUCAAAACUCUAAAGUAAAUCAGGUGGGAACGGUAGUACUAUACGGUGUGCCGAUUGUAUCGCUACUGAUCGAUGCUCAAGAGCGACUGUGCCUGGCGCAAAUCAGCAACACCCUCUUGAAGAACUUCAGUUAUAACGAGAUUCACAACAGACGCGUGGCGCUAGGCAUCACCUGCGUCCAAUGCACGCCUGUUCAGCUGGAAAUCCUGCGAAGAGCCGGCGCUAUGCCUGUGUCAUCCCGCCGAUGCGGCAUGAUAACCAGGCGGGAAGCUGAGAGACUUUGCAAAUCCUUCCUUGGAGACAACGCGCCACCACGGCUGCCGGAGGACUUCGCGUUUUCGGUGCACCACGAGUGCGCGUGGGGCUGUCGCGGGGUGUUCCUACCCGGGCGCUACAACUCCUCGCGGGCCAAGUGCAUCAAGUGCUCCACCUGCGGGCUCUUCUUCUCGCCGAACAAGUUCAUCUUCCACUCCCACCGGAUCGGGCCGAACCCCAAGUACGUGCAGCCGGACGCGGCCAACUUCAACUCCUGGCGACGACACAUGAAGCUCUCUGGGAGUCCCCCCGACGAGAUCGUCUACGCUUGGGAGGACGUCAAAGCCAUGUUCAACGGAGGCACCCGCAAGCGCCUCGUCUCCGCCUCUUCACCCUCUAACACCUCCAUCUCUGUGUCGAAAUCGCGGGAGUCCAGCCCUCCGACGUUCCAACUGCCAGCGCCGCCUCCGCGAGUGCCGACCCUGCCGAUGGUCAUGGACUACGUGUGGCACCACGGGAGCCUCAAGAACCCUUUCGUCCCGUACUCGCCGAUCAACUGGCUGUCCCCGGCCACGGCUGCCGCGGCGUCCCUCCAGUUCGGCCUCCCGAGCGGCUCCAACCAUCCCUUCCUCCUCAACUCCAACGCCGCCGCCGAUCCCAAGUUCUACCAGUCGGCUUUCCGCCCCGUCCUCGCCUCCGUGGCCCCGGCCCCCGCUCUGCCCUGCCCCCACCCCCACCCGCGGCCCCUCAGCUCCCCAGGCACCCCCAGCGACGAGGACAUGCCCGAGGACGAGACUACGGUCGAUAUAGAAACCUGCCCUGAGGACGAGGAGAAGCCGCUAUCUGCCCAGAAUAUCCAGAGGAAGCACUGCAUAGGAAAGACGAAACAUCAGAGGGACAAACAAGAUUGUGAAGCGCGAUGUCGCGUUGUGAAUUCUGACUCGGAUGGUGAAGAAAGUAUAAGCGGGGGUGGCUCUAAAGCAUUUAGUAUCGUAGGACUUACUGCCCCUGCGGUAUGCAGCCCCGGUGACCUUUGCAGAAAUGGUUGCUACCGGACAGACGAUAAUGAAAACAGAAGCGCUGUAGACCAUGUGAAGAAACCAUACCUUCCCAGUUGCCUCUCUUUAGUUGCCAGAAAUGAUGACCCGAAGCUUAGUCCAACAGAUGCAGCAAAUCCGGUCGUUUAUCAGCCCUUGGCAACAAAACCAUCGAUCCGAAGUUACUCUGAAUGCACUGUCUGCAAUGUUGAGCCCUCUUCACCAUCAAUCUAAUAUUAAUUAUCUUCUCCGGGCUUUUUUUUUAAUUAAAAAAAAAAACUCAUAGUAUAAUACGAACUACGUGAGGAAUAAUUCAAACUUCUUGACGUAGUUGCGUUUCUCCACAUUCUAUCGACUCUCCAUGAUUGAUCAUCUCCGACUUGUAGGAGUAGUAGACAAAUGUGAAAGAAACAAUUCACGUUCAUAAUGUAUGGUAAAAGCUUGUGAACUAUCAUCCUCUAUUAUAUAAAAUUAUAAGAGUGACGCGUAGCGCAUUUGGAGGCGCCUCGAAGAAUUGGACCGCGAGGUAAACAGGGAGCGUAGAGGGCCCCUAGUUUCCAUUAAAACUAUUGCAUUAAGUGAUAAAAAUUUCGUUCGUACAGGGACAUGGUAUGUUUAAGUAGGCGCCUUCAAGCAUAGCGGUCUGAAUAUUACAAAAUGAUCAAAUGAUGACUUUUACUUCUUUGCUAUCUUAGCGCAAAAAUAUAUGCAAUGAAGAUCAGGACCCAAGGCAAAAAUUUCAUUUCUGCAUCCUCAAAAUUUAACUUUAAUAAAGGAGGAAAAAGAGAAUUUCACAGAAUAAUUCUUCCCUAGCCUCUUCAGGAUUCCAGCUGUUGUUCUUUGGGAUAUGUGAACGAAAUGUUACGAUAAUUUUCCAGCACGUGUUAAUUCUAGUCAUUAAAUUUUACUUGUAAACCUGGAACCAACUACUAUGAAUGUUUUGUCCACGAAGAAUCUUUGGCCAUCAAAGCUGUCGGCUCUCUGAUCAUCGGUCUUUAAGACGCAUAAUGUCGCAUGAUCAGGGACAGCAUUUAAACUUUUUCUAUUUCCUAUUGCAAUAUCAGUGUAACUUAAGAAAGGUAACGGAGACACGCUACCAUUUUUCAAGGUAAAUGAAUUCAAGAUUCUGCAAAAUGAUAUGUAUGAACUUUAACAAUGUCUUGACGUGCAAAGAACUUUGUAUUCUGGAGCAGAAUUUUCUCCCUGCUUCGUAUUGAAUUCGUGUCACAGACCUAAAAGUUUUGUCAGAUUGUGAGAACUGUGCAAUACGUACUUUAAGUAGUAUGCAAAUUAUUUGUUCGUAGUAACCACUGUUCCAAAUUGUAAAUACCCUAGUUUACAAUGCAUAAGCAAGUUGAAUAAAAAAACAAAAAGUUA